AUUAGCAGGCGCAUCAAGAGCGAGAAGCCCAGGCAGCUCGACACGGGACUCUGAGGGUGGCAGCGACUCAAUACACACAACACCGCGGGCGAGCAGAGGCGGAACGAGGCCGGUGGGCGAUGAUACUUUGUUCGAAUCUUCGCCUGCAGGACCUCCGUCUCGCGCAGUGCGACCAUCGAUUAAUCUGAACGCAAGCGCAAACGGUACACCCAGGAAGAUUACCAAGGAGGAAUUCCAGGCCCUGCAAAGGAAGGGCGAGAGCAGUUCAGAUGAAAGUGAUGAGGAAGAGCAUGUAUCUGAUGACGAAUACGACGAGGAUGAUGUCGAGCGGGCGAGGAAGAUUGCCACACAACGUCGACAGCAGCAGGCUACGAUGUCGGUCUACCGCCAGCAGAUGAAAAAGGUCACCGGUGGAGGACCAACAGAUCUCCCGGGAAAUCGACCAGUGAAUGAUCGCGGGUACAGCGCGCCAGCCCUGCAUCUCGGCGGCAUUGGUGGCACGCCGCCGACUGAGUCUAUGAGAGGGCAGCACAGUGGAGACGACGAUGAGGAUGUUCCGCUUGGCAUACUGCAGGCGCAUGGAUUCCCGAGUGCUAAUCGACCUCCAACCGCGGCGGAGAAUGACAGGAGAACGUCAAUGGCAGGGUCCGCGAUUGGUGCUGGUCAAGGCAAUCUGCCACCUUUUGCUCGGAGACUGCCUGCCGAUCCAUACUUUGGCGCGGGACUCGUGCAACAGAGCACUCGGGAGUCUCUGCAUGGGCCUGCGGCCUCUGUCUUCGGUAUGCCGACUGGACCUGCACCUGGUGCAAUGGGUCAUCCGGCAGGUCUCGUCGGUGUUAUCGCUGGCGAAGAGCGAGCCAGGGCCGCUCGUCGAGGGAGCCCGAACUCCGCCUUUGGAAAUGGAGCGAACGGUCCGAAUAUGCCACUGCCUGCUAACAUGGCCAUGGGGCAGAGAACAAUGUCCAUGGGCAAUUUGGCGGCCCCUUCAGUGUAUACACCGUCCGGUGUUCCUCCGAUGCCGAUGCUGCCCAUGGGAAUGCCAAUGAUGCCGCAGGGCAUGGAUCCUGCCUCGCAGCAGAUGCAACAAUUCAUGCAGAUGCAGAUGCAAAUGAUGCAAAACAUGAUGACAAUGCAGCAGGCGCAAUUCAAUGGCCAAAAUCCUCAAAACUUUGCCGGUUCGCAACGGCCAAUGUCGAUAGCCAGCCACGGCUCUUUCAACGGCCUACACCAACGUUCAAUGACCAUGAUGAACCCACCUCAAGGUUGGAGUGGCUCUUCUGGACCUGGACAGCCGCGACCCAACAGCGUCAUGCCACAAUUCGGUAACUCUCACGCGCCUUCAGUUGCCGGUCUCGCUGUUCCCGGAAGCCAGCCAGGACAAG